AUGGUUGAGGGUAUUGCGGAAUAUGGAAGAGGGUUCAAGCCUCCUUCAAUGCAUGAGUUAAGAACUUGGAUACUUAAAGCUGAGGUUGAUGGCAUCAACCUAAUAUAUGAGGAGCAUAAAGGCAUGGAAAAAUAUGGAUGCACUAUUAUGUCCGAUGGUUGGACAGAUGGAAAGAAUAGAAGUUCGAUCAAUUUUUUGGUAAAUAGUCCCGCCAACACUUUCUUUUUGAAAUCUAUUGAUGCAUCAACUUCUACUAAAAAUGGGGAAUUGAUCUUUAAAUAUCUUGAUGUCGUUGUUGAUGAGGUGGGAGAGGAAAAUGUGAUUCAAAUUGUCACGGAUAAUGCUUCGAAUUGCAUUAAGGUGGGGGAAAAAAUUAUAGAGACUAGACAUAGAAUUUGGUGGACACCUUAUGCGGCACAUUGCAUUGAUCUAAUGUUGGAGGAUAUUGCAAAGUUGAAGAUUUUUUCUGACACAAUUGAGCAUGCUAAGAUGGUUGUGAAGUUCCUUUAUGGUCAUGGGACUAUACUUUCUUUGAUGAGAAAGUAUACAAACGGUAAAGAAAUUGUCCGUCUCGCUGUUACUCGCUUUGCUACUUUAUUUCUCACUCUUCAGAGUAUGUAUAAGGUUAAAAGGUCACUUGAACAAAUGUUUGCUUCCGAAGAUUGGGUUAGUUCACCACUAUCUCAAACAACUCAGGGGAAGAUCGUGAAGAAAAUUGUUGUUAAUGAUCCCAACUUUUGGUCACAUGUUGCAUUUUGUGUUAAGAGUGUUGUUGCUCUUAUUCAUACAAAAAAGAGAAAUAUUCUUGAACAUGCAAAGUUGAAUGCGUUGGUGUUUGUGAAAUAUAACUUCAAGCUUAGGGAGAGAAGCAUUAGGAGGAGAGACAAGAUUGAUCCCAUUGUAGUUGAUGAAAUUAAUUCGGAUGAUGAAUGGAUAACUGAGAAAGAAGGUCCAGUCCUCCUUGUAACUACUAAAUGGCAGAAGAUGAUGAAUUAUUUGAAAGUGAUCCUAUUGUGA